AUGAACGGGCCCCUGCACCCCCGACCCCUGGUGGCGCUGCUCGACGGCCGGGACUGCACGGUGGAGAUGCCCAUCCUGAAGGAUGUUGCCACCGUGGCAUUUUGUGAUGCCCAGUCCACGCAGGAGAUCCACGAGAAGGUCCUGAACGAAGCCGUGGGAGCCCUGAUGUACCACACCAUCACCUUAACAAGAGAGGACCUGGAGAAGUUCAAAGCCCUCCGCAUCAUCGUGCGCAUCGGCAGUGGUUUUGACAACAUCGACAUCAAGUCGGCCGGGGAUUUAGGCAUUGCUGUCUGCAAUGUGCCAGCGGCGUCAGUGGAAGAGACGGCAGACUCGACCCUGUGCCACAUCCUGAACCUGUACCGACGGACCACGUGGCUCCACCAGGCACUGCGGGAAGGCACGCGGGUCCAGAGCGUCGAGCAGAUCCGGGAAGUGGCUUCCGGAGCUGCCAGGAUCCGCGGGGAGACCUUGGGCAUCAUUGGACUAGGUCGUGUGGGGCAGGCGGUGGCCCUGCGGGCCAAGGCCUUCGGCUUCAACGUGCUCUUCUAUGACCCGUACCUCUCGGAUGGCAUCGAGCGGGCCCUUGGGCUGCAGCGCGUGAGCACCUUGCAGGACCUGCUCUUCCACAGCGACUGUGUGACUCUGCAUUGCGGCCUCAAUGAACACAACCACCACCUCAUCAACGACUUUACCGUCAAGCAGAUGAGACAGGGGGCGUUCCUGGUGAACACGGCUCGAGGCGGCCUGGUGGACGAGAAGGCACUGGCGCAGGCCCUGAAGGAGGGCCGGAUACGCGGCGCGGCCCUGGAUGUGCACGAGUCGGAGCCCUUCAGGUACCCCCCGGGUGUGGUGGGCGUGGCCCCCACUGGCAUCCCGGCUGCUGUAGAAGGCAUCGUCCCCAGCGCCAUGUCCUUGUCCCACGGCCUGCCCCCCGUGGCCCACCCACCCCACGCCCCUUCUCCCGGCCAAACCGUCAAGCCCGAGGCGGAUAGAGAGCACACUAGUGACCAGUUGUAG